CGACCUUGUAUAAAUUAGCUUCAAACUUCCGCUUGAACGUAGCGUUCCAGUUAUUUUUAGUUCAAUGAUUACAUUCAGUAUGCGGCUGAGCUUAAAUAAUUAGUACUGCGGGCUCGUAUGUUUCUUCGCGAACAAAAAAUGGCUGGCAAUUUAUCGAUGAAUGAUGUGGCAGAUUCUUGGAAGAAAUUCGCAAAAAUGUCAGUGACCACUUUCUCCAGAGCUAAGCAGGUAAGUAUUCGGAAUUUUUUAUAUCCGUAACUAUCCAAUUUCGUAAUUAAUCGUCUCGUUGUUGUUGUAUUUAGCUCACAGAAGAGAAAUUAAAUCGUGCUGAAAAAACUGAAUUUGACGCACACUUCGAGAAUUUGGUCGCUAGGGCCGAGAAAACGCGAGAUUGCACGGCAAAAAUUUCGGCUCGAACUUCGUCUCUUAUUCAGCCAAAUCCUAGUAAGUUUAUAGUAUCGUUUUGGGGAGAUUUUUCGGGGCGGAUUUAAUUAUUAGGCAAAUAUCAAUAUCUAUUUUUGAAAGUACGUAUAAAUUUUAAUAAAAAACAAUAUAUUAUAUAUGUUUAUGAAUGCUAAAUAGACUAAUGUAUGUUAUAUAUGUGUCAAUCAGUUUGAAACUUUGCCCCUCCCCCCUCAAUUUGGCUUGAUUGAUAAAGCUCUGCACUGAUUUGGAAGGUAGCCCAGUGUGGAAAGUUUGUAUCGCGCGGCGGAUAUCUCCGGCGCGCAAUUUUGAUGCUUUCUAUAUAUUUACUAUUAAAUUUUCGAAAUCUCCGGCGCGCAAUUUCCAAACUUUCCAGUCUGGUAGCUUCCUUCCAGACUGGAAAGUUUGGAAAUUGCGCGCCGGAGAUUUCGAAAAUUUAAUAGUAAAUAUAUAGAAAGCAUCAAAAUUGCGCGCCGGAGAUAUCCGCCGCGCGAUACAAACUUUCCACACUGGGGUAGCUAUUAUAAUUGCAUGAAAUCAUUGAUUGUUUUUACAUUUUUAAACUCUAUGGGUGGUGAUGUCACAGAAUACUAUACAGAAGUCCAUCUCCAUUGUUUUUUGCAUAAGCAUGAUUUGUCACAGUACCGUAAACAGAAGCAGUCCCCCCCCUGGAAAUACUCAAAAUGGCACACAUCCAGGGGGGUGACUGCUUCUGUUUACGGUACUUGCUGAGUGACGAAUCAUGACGAAUAGCACUUACGCAAAAAACAAUGGAGAUGGACUUCUGUAUAGUAUUCUGUGCAUUCUCGUACCCAGAGCCCUUCUUACGCGCGGUGCAACGAGGGGCUCUGGCCAAAUCCAUAUCCGAACUGGCAUCUGAUUGGCUAGUUCUAACACAGGAUAUUGUUUUCUUACCAUGUUUUUCUGGUAUCCGGUUAUGGAUUUGGCCAGAGCCCCUCGUUGCACUGCGCAUAAGAAGGGCUCUGGGUACGAGAAUGUAUUCUGUGGUGAUGUUUCGAAUUGAUCAACACAUAUUUAUGAUGCUGUGUUCAAAAUGUUAGAGGCUAUUUUUAUUGCAACUUGCAACAUUUGACAGAGAGCUAUGUCAUUUACAGAUGCUCGUCUGGAAGACUUUAUGUAUCAGAAAUUUGAUGGCAGAAAGAAAGAAAGGCAGACCAAUUAUGAAUUGUUAGGCCAGUGCAUGUUUGAUGCCGGGAAUGAGCUGGGGCCUGGGACUGCUUAUGGUAAGUCACAGGGUUAAAUCAAGGACAAGUACUGUAGGACAAGACAGACGAAAAAACGUGGAUUGGAUCAUUCCAGAAAAGAUCCAUACUCCCAAAUUUCUGCCGUCCGGAGGGGGAGGGGAGAAAAAAUUGUUUCUGAUAAUAGUAAAUGUAUUAGGAUAUCCGAAGGGGGUGGAGGGUUAACUUCCUAUUUCCCUGGCCUUGGACAGUUAAUUUGAACAGUCAUUUUAUUUUUGGUUUUCAAGGCUCGCUUGCCUUUAUAAAUACAAAAAUGCCACAGCUUGGGAUACACACGAGAACUUGUUUCUGGAAGGUGUUUGUUACUUUGUACUUAUUCUAUAUAUCCAAUUAAGGUGGUUCACUUGUGGAAUGUGGUAAAUCAUUAAGAAAGAUUGGGCAAGCUGAACGAGACCUACUUGAGAAAACUGUUUCAAGAUUUAUGAAUCCGCUUGAGAAUUUCCUUGAAACUGACAUUAAAACGAUCAUGGUUAGUUCUUAGAUCUUUUUAAAAAGCUUCUAGUUAUUUUCAUAUCUUAUGUAUGAUGAUUGUUAGAAUUGAUUAUUGUUUUUAGAAUAUUAAUUGUCAUAAAUGCAAAAACGUUUGAUUUAUUUUCAACUAAUAUAACAGAAAGAAAAGCGAGUGCUUUUGGCCAAAAGACUCGAUCUAGAUGCAAGCAGGACAAGAUUGAAAAAGGCAGAAAACCAAUCACCUGAAAAAGUUCAACAAGUAUGUUCUUUGUUUAACCCAUUGAAUGGCAUCACUCUUUCCUUGGCAAGUAAAAUUAUAGAGUAGGCCAACAUCGUUGAGACCGUCAUAAAAUGUUUACGUAUGUGUUAUAAUAAUUUUACAGCUUGAAGCUGACUUGAGAGUUGCCCAAGCAGAGUUUGACAGACAAUAUGAAGUGACAAAGUUGUUGUUAGAUGGUGUUACUACAGCUCAGGUAUGCUGUUAUCCACAAUUCAAAACUGGUAUCGUCAGCAUACUAGGAUAUUGCAAAUCUCAAACACUGAGAUAUGUGGACUUAUUACGUUUUUAAAAUCUUUUCGGGCAGUUCAGUUUCGUUUUGAUUUCAGACGCUGUAAAUCGUCAAAACAUGAGAAUAGAAACAGAUGAAUUUCAGACAUUAAUUUCUUACCUUUUUUAACAGAAUAGUCAUCUUAUUGCACUCCAAAGUUUUGUUGAGGCUCAAGCACAAUACUUUGACCAAUGUCAUAAAACCAUGGUGGAAUUACAAAGACAUAUUCAAAGGUAAGCCACCAUGAUCUAAAAUAACUUAGAACUUUUGUGCUGUAUGAUGCGACAUUUAUUUCAAUUAAUGACAUUGAAUAAAUCGGGACACAUCCGCAGUGGUGAAUUUCACUUCCAAAAACGGACAUGUUUUAAAAUUUUAUAGCCAAUGGGAGUGCUAGUGGUAUCAGAAAAUCAAAACAAAUUGUAUUUGUCAUUUGACUACAUCAAUAAUAUCUAUCCCCAAUACCAUAUUUUUUUCAACAGGGAAAUAAUGUUAUCCAGAUAUUGUGCUAUGAACAGCUGUUUUGUGACUGGUUAUCGUUAACAAUAAUUUUCGUAAGUCUCAUCAAUUUUCUCCAAACUUUUUAUUUAUUUUUCUAGUGGCACUGGCGCUACAGGCCGCAGUUCAUCAUCCUUUGCCAGUAUGAGCAAAGCGCCGCCAUAUAAUAUUUCUAAACCUUCUACAACAUUGGACAUCCACACAGUCACUAAACCUUCUGUGACUCACAAAGCCAAAGUAUUGUACGACUACGAUGCGGCCGAAGAUGAUGAACUGUCCUUAUUGGCUGAUGAGGUAAGUCGAGAUCCCUGCCUGUCACAUGCGGCUAGCGCACUGCACCUUACUGGUGAGUUAAUACCAGAGCUUGAAAUUUUCUGCAAUAUCCAAUCGGAUAUGAACUUGAAAUCUGGUAUGAACCCAGAACCAGCACAUGUUGUGGUCACCACGCUUGCCUUUGAAGCUGGGAGACCCAGGUUCAAUCCUUGGUCAGACCUCUACUCAAGGUCUUAAAAUAAUUGAGGAGAGAGAGCUACCUUUACAUUGAAAUCGGUAAAAGGUUAGACUUUUGUGUCUUCUCGGAUAAGGACAUUAAAUUGUGUGUACCUUGGAUCCAGGCUUUUAGCCAGGGUCAUGAAAGAGGGCGUCCAAUUUUGGUACAAUGAUACUUCUACAGUAAAGGGGGGGUCAAGAAAAUGUUCCUCUGGAAAACCUUUGAAGUUUACGUUACUUUAUAUCAGUAUCUGUUUCAAGCUCGUUCGAAAUUGGCUUUGUGAAUACUGAGUUUGUGCCGCUAUGCUUCUUUACUGAACUACGACAUUUUCAUUCAGCCAGGUACAGCAUCAAAUUGAUCAAAAUGUCAAAUGUAUAAUAAUAAUGAGAACUGAAGCUAUUUCGUUUCAGAUAUAUUAAUGUACUUCGGGAAAUAAUUGAAAAUAAUUUCCCUUUUUCCCCCAGAAUUUGGGCGUCCAAAGGCAUCCAUGUUUUGGUCUAGGGGCAUCCCAGGAUGGCUGGAUGCCCUUCUGGCUAAAAGCCUCAAUAAAACUCAAUGAACUAUAAACUAAUAUCUAUAGUAUGGUAUAGUGUAUAAUGGUAUGGUAUAAUGUGAUAUGGUAUGAUAUGGUGUUGUAUAAAUAGAGAAUAAUACAUGGGUGCGCGGAAAUACCAGAUUUAUUUCAAGUGUUGAAUUAUAGUUUCUCGCUGGCUGAAGUAUGAAAGAAGCGAGAAACGGGUUCUCACACUGGGGGGCCCCGGGCGAGGUGCAAUGCCCUUAUAUGGGCAUGCGCCUCGAGAUAGAGCAUGUUUUGUCUUUUGCCGCAAGUGUGGUAGUUUGUGCCUUAAAACGCUCUUUAAAAAACCUGAAAUAUUUUAUCGUGAAGAUGUCCAAGACCCGUUCUUCUGCGCUCCGACGCUUGGAAAGCCACAAUAAGAGUCCUCAUGAUGGGGAUUUCGAAGGAGAACUUAAUAACAGCAGACGAGAAUCGCGGGAAAGCGAGAGACGUAAGGAACGACAUCGUUCGCAAAGCCAUUCUUCUCGUCAAAGUCGUUCCCGCCAACGCUCGCGAAGCAACGAUCGAGAGGAAACGAUACGCGGUUGGGCCCAGCAGCUAUUAAACGGACAGAGAGAGUCUGAUCAGCGACUUAAGACGCUGGAAAAACAGCUCAAAGAUACGAACGCCAAGCAAUCGUAUGCACGCAAGCGGGAACACUCGCCCACACCAGAAUUUAAAUACAAGCGCAACAAAGUUCAGUACGAGCUGAAUAAAAGCAUUUUGGGCAAGAUCGAAACAGCUUUAGACGCGUCUGACGACGAAGAACGUAGUGGAGCCCUUGACGAAGGUAGGAAAAUGUUGAUAGAACGCAAUAAACAUAUUAAACUAGCCGAAAAAUACGGAUGGGAGGCUGUUGAUUGUUAUAUCGAUGAACCGCUCGCGAGCGACUCAGAUGACGACAAAAAGAUAAGGCGUGCGAUUAAGGAGAGUAAAGUUCUAAAAGAAGAAAAACGUAGAGCUGCGACAGCAUCUAGAUUGCCAGUCAACAGCUCCCAAUCCAAAGUAGGCACUCAACCGCAGAGAAUUCCCAACGAGAGCAAUUUUCGCCAAGUCAUCAAAAGGUCCCCUGGCUCGCUGCCAGCUCAGGACACCACGUGUUUUCGUUGCGGACGAAAAGGCCAUUAUGCCCGUUACUGCAGAUCUCUCGUCGCCCUUAACGACUCCCCUCGCCCUACGAAUAACUAGUAAAGAUUGCGCCGAACAGACAGCGACCGAGCUCGAAACGGUUAAUGAUUUAGGCUAAAUGUGAACAUGCUAUUAGACAAUGUGCAUGAAGCGCCUGACCAAUGUGUCAAGGGACGUUUAAAAGAAAAGGUUGAAUUUUGAAAGCACAUUGGCGCUUCACGUUGGGUUUUAACAGUUAUUCGCGACGGAUACGCGUUACCUUUUGUUGAUCUACCUCAAAGACACAUGUCCAAGAAUCACAUGUCGGCAUACGAAAUGCUAAAUUCGUUGAUUCGGAAAUUGAGAAAUUAUUAAGUUCAGGUUGUGUCAAGCAAGUGUCAAGUGACCAAGUGCAUGUAAUUUCGCCUCUCAGCGUGGCGUCAAAUAAUGGGAAAGACACUUAUUUUAGAUUUACGUUAUAUCAACAGUUGUUUAAGAGUUUUAAAGUUUAAAUACGAGGAUCUGAGGACUUCAAAGACAUAUUUCGACCUGGGGACUAUAUAUUCAAGUUUGAUUAUAAGUCAGGGUAUCACCAUAUUGAUAUUUUGCCGGAACAUUGGCAGUACCUGGGUUUCUCCUGGGGAACAGAAAAUUCUAAACGGUUUUUCGUUUUUACUGUUCUGCCAUUUGGACUAGCCACAGCACCAUAUGUGUUCACACAAGUGCAAAAGGCUUUACUGAAGUUUUGGCGAUUACAAGGGAUUCGCAUAUUUACAUAUUUGGACGACGGGAUUGGGGGACAUUCAUCAGCCCAGCAAGCAGCAGCCGUGUCGGAAAAAGUAAAAAGUGAUAUAGAACUAAGUUGGUUUCUUUGGCAUCCAGAUAAAAGUGUCUGGGAGCCAACACAGUGCGAAGAAGUGCUGGGAUUUUUUGUUAACCGUGUGGAUGGUUAUUUUAGAGUGCCUGAGCGACGGAUUGUUAAACUAAAUAAUCAGUUGCACACUAUACAAGUCAAUAACUAUAAACAACAGCUUAUGGCAUAGCCAAGCUCACUGGUACAAUUAUAUCAAUGGGUUUAGCACUAGGGCCCAUAGCUCGGGUAUGGACACGGGGGCUCUAUCGUAACGAGUUCUCGCACUUAAAGUUUGUUUUAAUAAUAAUUACAAAACAUAGUGAAGCUAUUCAUCUAGAUGGAUUCUGGAAGAAGUAACAGCUUGUGGCUAAAUUACAUACUGUAUGUAUGUGCCUGUGAGAGGCGUUUAUUUGUGAGAAUAAUUAUUGGCAAACUGUAUUUGCUUACCUAGGGUACUAUGCUUGUGAGAAGCUCAACAGCCUGUGAGAGGCACAACUGCCUGUUAGAGGCAUGACUACCUGUGAGAGGAACAACAGCUUAGGCAAUGCAGCACUGCCUGUGGAGGCUUAUAGUGUACCUACAGUACCUGUGAGAGGGCAUAAACAUUGCCUGUGAGAGGCUUAUAGUGUACCUACAGUACCUGUGAGAGGGCAUACACAUUGCCUGUGAGAGGCUUAUAGUGUACCUACAGUACCUGUGAGAGGGCAUAUACACAUAGUAAACCUGGAAUUGACUUACAUAGCCAUAUUAAUGAUAUUGUGUCUUGAUUCAUAGAGGUUACUACACGAACGGCACCUGCCAGAGGUUUCCACCAUGACCCUGAAUUGAAUAGAGAUAUACCGAAGAUCAUAAUGCAAGGUCGGGCACCGCAGACAGUCAAGAAAUACUUAAAUACCUUCCAGCAGUGGAAGAAGUGGGCAAAGAGAAAAGGUCUCCAUGCCCUGCCUGCAUCAGGGUAUGAAUUUGCUUUGUAUAUUGCUUACCUGCUCAGAAAGGCCAAGUCAGUGUCAAUAAUUCAUGCAGCAGUUUACGGGGUAGCAUGGGCACAUAAGAAAGUAGCUGCAGUAUCACCGACAGAGCACCCUUUAGUUAAACAAAUGGUUGAGGCAGCAAAAAGAAUAAUCGGUAUUGCCCCAAAAAAACAGGAAGCAACUACUAGGCAUAGAUCAUAUAAAGAAAGUUGUUCGUAAAUUUGGUGGUGGUGGAGACCUGAGUAAGCUGCAGAUUACACGUUUAAUAACAUUGGGUUAUAGUGGUUUUUUGCGAUGGGAUGAUUUGGCAAAGCUCAAAAAACAGGAUGUGUUAUUUUACGAAGAUCAUAUGCGGAUUUUUCUUCAAAAGGGAAAAAAUGAUCAAUAUCGUGAGGGUUCAUGGAUUUUUAUAGCCAGCACAGGCAAUUGCACAUGUCCAGUAAAGUUGAUGAAAGAGUUUUUUUGACAGGGCAAACAUCAGCCGAGUGAUUUUGUGUUCAGGAAGGUGUCGCAUACAGUUAACGGUAUGUCACUGAGAUCCCAAGCAAUGACGUAUUCGCGGGCAAAGGAAUUGUUCUCGAAGCAACUAAAGGGGCUCGGGUUGGAUCCAUCUAAAUAUGGUUUACUGACAUAGUCUUCGCUCGGGCGGUACCACAGAGGCAGCAGCUUGGGGAGUCCCAGAUCGGCUGAUUCAAAGGCAUGGCGGUUGGCGCUCUGAAGUGUCCAAGAACAUGUACAUUCAGGAAACGAAAAAUGCACUUUUACGUGUAUCAAAAAGCUUAGGACUGUAAACAGUGUAGGAUAAGGAACUGUUAAAAUCAUAAAUACGUGCUACUCUAUAUGUUGUCAUUGCGGUGGCAGACUACACGGCAACCCAGUGUGAGAAUUAUAGUUUCUCGCUGGCUGAAGUAUGAAAGAAGCGAGAAACGGGUUCUCACACUGGGGGCCCCCGGGCGAGGUGCAAUGCCCUUAUAUGGGCAUGCGCCUCGAGAUAGAGCAUGUUUUGUCUUUUGCCGCAAGUGUGGUAGUUCACGCCCGCCCACCCUUGUGGUUCGAGACAUUGUUUAGGGUUAUUAAUAUUGGGUCUAUAUGUUAAUUUUGUGUAUGAAAACAAUUGUUAAUAAAUAAAGGCACUGCUACUUUUGCGGUGGCAGACUACACGGCAACCCAGUGUGAGAACAUGAUAUCUCACGAGUGAGCGUAGCGAAACGAGUGAGAUAUCAUGUUCAACACGAGAAAUAAAUCUGGUAUUUCCAAGCACCCAUGUAUUUUUCUGUUUAUUAUAUAAACAAAAUACAGUGAAAAACAAUAAAACGUCUGUGGCAAUGCGUUUUACAACAAAUGAUAUUUCCACACGUAAAAAUAUCGUAUUUUUUACGUGUGUUUAAAUACGAUUUUUCUCAGUGGCCAAAAACUGUAUAUAACACUUAUGUUUAUAUAAUAAUAUGGUAUAUUUAUAUUAACUGCACGAAAGAGAAUCUAUGGUAUGGUAUUAUGUGCUAUGGUAUGUGCUAUGGUAUCAUGUGCUAUGGUAUCAGUGUGUAGUGCAUAAUGGUACGGUAUUGUAUGGUAUGGUAUGGUAUGAUGUAAUGUGGUACUGUACUGUGUGACAUGAUACGCUAUGAUAUUGUAUAAUAUGAUAUGGUGUUGUAUAAUAUGGUAUAUUUAUGUUAACUGCACAAAAGAGAGAGUGCUAUUGUAUGGUAUUGUAUGGUAUGAUGUAGUGUGGUACUAUACUGUAUGACAUGGUACGCUAUAAUAUUGUAUGGUACAAUAUGGUAUAUUUAUAUUAACUGCACAAAAGUUCACUCAUUUUGCUUACUUUGUGAUACUUGAAACGAAUAGUCCAUAAAUUCUGUCCACUAUAAAACAAUAAUAAAACAUCGCUUUCAUUUCUUGUAGGUGAUAAUAGUGUACACUAUACCAGGUCUGGACAGCGACUGGAUGAUUGCAGAACGUGGCUCCCAGAAAGGACGGGUACCUAUAACAUAUAUUGAACUUUUGCCUUGAACUUUAUAUUAAUAUUUACAUCAUACUUAUUAACAAUUAUUGCAUACGUAUGUAGGAGGGAAAAGCACGAUAGUUCGCUAGAAAUAUUUCUCAAACUCGUCAACAAUUCAUGAACAGUAUAUCACGCCUUUCAAAAUUGAAGAGUGUUGAUAUAUCUCUAUAGUCAGUAAAGAUUUACACAAAAAGACAAGUCAGAUCCAGACUAUUUCACAUGUCUAAAUUAGCCAACCAUAUUACUUUAUUUUGCUCACAUGAUAAUACUAGAUACCUGAUGAAGUAUAUUAAUCCAGUCCUAGAACUGAAUCAAAAUUAAUUCAGUCCUUCGCAUUUCGGUUCGCCUCGGACUUGAUCAAAUUGCGCGGACUUGAAAUCUAGUUCAGCCCUCACACUCGGAUUUGCCGGAAAUAUUCCUUUAAAGCAGUGUAGAUUAUAACGGUCGGCAGUCGGCUAUUUGCCGAACAAAAAGACCGAAUGGCCGAUCAAUUGACCAUUUGCGUAAUAGACUAAAUUUUGAACUAAACAAGUCUAGACACAAAUUUUAUCACAGCUUGAAGGAGCAUCACAAAAUUAGUAAUAUUCCAAAGUUUCGUUGCAAAAUGUUGUAAAAUGCAGAAAAUAUAGCCUUGCGAAAUUUGCAAUUUUCAGUCAUUUUAGAUUACAAACGGGACAUUGACAGCCCCAGACCCUUCGAGGCUGUCAAUUUCCGGUUUGUAAUCUAAAAUUACUGAAAAUUGCAAAUUUCGCAAGGCUAUAUUUUCCGCAUUUUACAACAUUUUGCAACGAAACUUUGCAAUAUUACUAAUUUUGUGAUGCUCUUUCAAGCUGUUAUGAAAUUCUUGUUGAGAUCAAAAUUUAGUCUAUUACGCAAAUGGUCAAUUUCAUUCUGCACGGACAUUUUGACCGAUCAAAUAAAAUAGACAAUGUUCAUUUAAAUUGAAGGUAGCUUAUAUGUAAAAAGUACUGUUUGCAUACUAUACCUACUGUACCAUGCAAUCAAUAAAUAUUAGGAUGAAAAUUUGAAAAAAGCAUUCAGAGGAAACAUUGUCAUCGAGCUUCUCUUUUAGCAAAUACUCUCUCAAGUGACCGAAUCUCGAUAGUAAGUCUAUAGCGUUUCCAAUACUUACUACUUACAAAAAGAUGUUUUAUUUUUUCGUAAAAAUGGUUGAAAUAGUUGGCCGACCAUUCUUUGCCAAUGUCCGAGCAACAGUCUUGUUGAUCGGACAUUUGUCAGACCUAAGCAAAAACGUUAUAAUCCACACUGCGAGUCAAUAUAAUAUAAUCCCACAGAGUGUCAAUAUAUCUCUACAGUCAGUAAAGACUGAUCUACAUACAGCACGCAAAAAACAAGAUGGAUCUAGACUAUUUCACAUUUUUUGAACGGAGCCACGGAGCAAUCAUAUUUACCAACAUCCAAAAAAAUUCAACGAACCGGAAAAUUGACAAGUUUGAGAAAUAUUUUGAAAAGUGUAUGCUGAAAUAUUGAUAUAUGAAUUGUACUCUGGGGAAUGUGUAGAAAUUGGAAGUAAUUGUUAAAUUAUAUUUAAUAGAGCUCAUUGUUUCGGUACCAAUGACCAUAUAAAGAGCUGUGGGUACAGCACACGAUUGACAAUUUCCUAUUUUGUAAGGCCUAUGUAAUUCCUAGUUUUCAACUAUCAACUUGUAAUGAAAUAUUAAAUCACAAACUUAUUUAAUCU